AUGAGUGAACGAAUUUUUUGUCCAUAUGAAGACUGCGGAAGGGGAUUUUUCAAUAAAGAAGAUUUAAGAAAGCAUUUAACUCGUCGUCAUCUCGAAAGAGAUUUCCAAGAAGCAGAGCCACCUACAGAAAUUAUUUCUGAAGCCAAAGAGGAAAAUGAUAUACAAGAAGCAGAUGACACUAUUAAUGAAAUAGAAAAAAUGAAAGAAAAGCUCUUCAAUACUCAGCCUCAAACAAAAAACGAUAUAAAAACACCAGACUAUAUUAAAGAAGAAAUUACCGCUGAAAUUGGGCUAAGAGAUGGAAAACUUGAAAAAAAUGAAUUUUUGACUGUUGACUAUUUAUUAGAAACCACAGGACAAGAUACCAUUGAUGAUAUAACAGAGCUGAUUCUGAGAGAUAAAAACCUGCAAAGUUUUGAAAGUAGCGAGUUUUUAGAUCUAAGCGAGAUGAUCAGCCUAGAAUAUUUAUGUCUAUCACACAACAAACUUAAAUCAAUUGUAGGAGUAUCAGAACUAUUAGGACUUCAAGAGAUCAAUGUUAACAACAACAUGAUUACUGAUCUUAGCCCUCUUGAGUCUCUUUCCCAACUUCGAAAGCUCUUUUGCUCAAAUAACCAAAUAAAAGUGAUAUUACCUUUGAAAGGGUUGAAACAACUGAGCACUUUGAGCAUUUAUAAUAAUAAGCUAUUUGACUUAGAUUCUUCCUUGAAAAUACUUCAAGAACUGCCCAAACUUAAAGAGCUAGAUAUAGAUAGAAAUCCUUGUAUUCUGCAAACACAGAAUAGCAGAUAUAGAGUAAUCAUAAAACUAAAGCUAGAACUUUUAGAUGGUGAAGCAAUUACAGACGUUGACAUUCAAAUUGCUCAUGAUUUAUAUGGUGAAUUAGAAACUUUUAUUCCUAAGAAUUUUGUUGGAAGACUAAGAACGAGUGCAAAAGUACAAGAAGCGAAUGAAAUGCAGCUGCUUUAUGCUGAAGUUGAAGAGCUUCGAAACGAACUAGAAGAAGUCAAAGAAGAGCGCGAUAAAUUGCUUCAAGAAAAAGUAGAGCUAAAAAAGGAAGACCCUGAGUUCCUAAAAGAAGAAAAUGAAAGAUUAAGGAGAGAGGUAGCUUCAAUGUAUGUCUUGCUGGAUGAGGUAAAUGACUUGCGAUAUAAGCUAAAAGAAGGAAUGGGAGCAGUCGCAAGACAGGUCUUUGAAGAAAAUGUAAGACUUAGGGCUAGAGUUGUGGAGCUUGAAAAUAAAAAAAAGAAAAAUAAUAAUGAAAUGAGAAGGCCAUAUACUGCUGCAACAUCAAGACCUAUGACUAGUGCUGGAAUAAUGAGCAGAAAUGAAGCAAUAAGCGACGAAGUUUUAGAAGCAAUGGUAGAAAGGAAUGCCAAAAUGCUGAAAGAUUUAGAAGUCAAGGUUAACACUUUCAAAACUGACUUAUCAAAAAAGAAAUAA